GCCCGGGGGGUCGUCGACACCCCCCCAUCCUGCCCUUCGCCCCCCACAACUAGGGCAGCAGCAGCCCGGGGCUGAGCGCACAGAUCGAGGAGUUGGAACCGAGAUUCUUGAGCACUGUGAUUGAAGAAAGAAGAAGAGGAGGAGAAGGAGGGGCGGGUUCCUGGCAGGGGUCCAGGCCCGGUCAGGGUUUUAUCAAAGAUGGAGAAGGAGAAAGAGAAAGAGGAGGAGCUGACCCGGGAGCUGCUACUCCCCAACUGGCAGGGCAGCGGCUCCCACGGCCUCACCAUCGCCCAGACGGACGAUGGUGUCUUCGUGCGGCAGGUUGUGCAGAAUUCCCCCGCGGCCCGCACCGGCGUGGUCAAGGAGGGGGACCAGAUCGUCGGGGCCACCAUCUACUUUGACAACUUACAGUCGGGCGAAGUGACCCAGCUGCUGAACACCAUGGGGCAUCACACGGUGGGCCUGAAGCUGCAUCGCAAGGGGGACCGGUCCCCUGAGCCUGGCCAGACCUGGACUCACGACCCGUUUGGCCCCCGGAGCCCCGAGGUGGUCCUGAGCGGGGAUGAUGAGGAGUAUCAGAGGAUCUACGCGACCAAGAUAAAACCGCGGUUAAGGUCGGAGGACGCGGCGGAAACGGAGCCGGGCGAGAUGCAGAGUCGCACCAUCACGGUGACCCGGAAGGUCACGGCCUACACCGUGGAUGUGACCGGGCGGGAGGGAGCCAAGGACAUUGACAUCCGGAGCCCCGAGUUCAAGAUUAAGAUCCCAAGGCACGAUCUGCCGGAGCUUUCCAAGGUGGAUGUGGAGACGGUACAGGGGAAGACGGUGAUCAAGCUGCCCCAGGGCUCUGGGGCAGCCACUCAGAUCACAGAUUACAAUGUCGACCUGAGGUCUGGGGGCAUUUCUGCUUCCGGACCAGAGUGUCAAGGAGCUGGGAUAACUGGCUUUGGCCUUUCGAAGCCCCAGGUCACUCUUCCGGGGGCGCAGGGGGGAAAAGCGGGUGUCCAGAUCAGUGAAAAGGGCCUCAAGUUGGAAGGGCCAUCAGUCCACCCCAAAGUCCCAGCUUCCCUGGAUUUAGGAGGCAAAGGGGGUGUCAUUUCUGGGGCAGGAAUCCAGGCUCCCAGAAUGGAUAGCUCAUCGUCUUCAGCCGGAAGUGGGACUCUCCCGGCGCCACCCACGGAGAAUGGCAGUAAAGGGACGGUUAAAAUCCCCACCCUGAGGAUGCCAAAGUUUGGCUUCUCGGCAGGGUCUCAGGGUCAGGCACCAGAAGCGGGAUUUAGUGUUUCUGCCCCGGGCUUCUCUGCUGGGUACAAGGGUGAGGGACCCGGCUUGGCCGGGGCCGGGACCGUCCGGGCCCCUCAGCUGGAAGUCACAGUUCCGUCGGUCAGCGUCGAGGGGUAUGAAGGGAAGCUGACGGGUGCCAAGAUCACGGGGCCGGCCCUCCAGGGCGACCCCAGGGUCUCCGCUCUGAACGUGGAAGGCAGCGUCAAGGGCCCUAGCGUGGACCUGGGGACUUCAGAAGGUUAUGGGGUCGGGGCUGGGGGGAAACUCAAGCUGCCCCAGAUGAAAGUCCCCACGUUUUCGGUUUCGGGCGCCAAAGGAGAGGGACCUGGCAUAGAUAUCACACUCCCCUCGGGUGAAGUGAAUCUCCCAGGGGUCACGGCGGGAGUGGGCAUUGAGGGGCCAGAAGGGAAAGGCCCCAAGGUCAAGGCCCCGGAUCUGAUCAUCCCCAAACCCAAGAUCUCCAUGCAGGAUGUGGACUUGAGCCUCAGAUCCCCAAAGCUGAAAGGAGACAUAAAAGUGGCCACCCCGGGGGUUCAGGGGGAUGUGAAAGGACCUCAGGUGGCUAUCAAAGGCCCUAAAGUGGACAUCGAAACACCUAGUUUCGGAGGUCUGGAAGGUACGGUGAAGGGCCCCAAAUUCAGCGGCUCCCCUUCAAAAACCUGCAAAAUCUCCAUGACCGACGUGGACUUGAAUCUGACAGCACCCAGACCGAAAGGAGACGUGGACGUUAAUCUCCCGAAGAUAGAAGGGAAGCUCACGGGCCCGGAGGUUGACGUCAGAGGUCCCAGCGUAGACAUCGGGGCCCCAGAAGUCGACGUUCAGAAACCGGACUGGAACCUGAAAAUGCCCAAGAUGAAAAUGCCCAAAUUUGGAGUGCCGGGGUUCAAAGGGACGGCACCGGAGGUGGAUGUGAAUCCGCCCCAAGGGGCCAUCAACGUUUCAGGGCCCCAGGUUAGCAUCGAGGCCCCGGGUAUCAGUGUCGAGAGUGCAGAAGGAAAACUUAAAGGGCCCAAAUUUAAGAUCCCCGAGGUGGAUUUGCACGUGAAAGGCCCAAAGGUGAAGGGCGAGUACGACGUAACGGUUCCCAAGCUGGAAGGGGAACUGAAAACCCCAGAUAUCGACUUGAAAGGUCCCAAGGCGGACAUCGGCGCUCCAGACGUGGAGGUCCACGGGCCAGACUGGAACCUGAAGAUGCCCAAGGUGAAAAUGCCCAAGUUCCACAUGCCGGGCUUCAGAGGAGAGGGACCGGAUGUGGAUGUGAACCUGCCCAAGGGAGACAUUGACAUUUCGGGGCCCAAGGUGGACGUGGGGGCUCCGGACCUUAGCAUCGAAGGUCCCGAAGGGAAGUUGAAAGGUCCCAAGUUCAAGAUGCCUGAGAUGAAUAUCAAGGCCCCAAAGAUCUCGAUGCCAGAUGUGGAUUUGCAUCUGAAAGGACCCAAGGUCAAGGGAGAAUAUGAGGUCAGCGCCCCAAAGGUAGAAGGAGAAAUGAAAGUUCCCGAUGUGGACAUCAAGGGACCUAAACUGGACAUCAGUGCUCCGGAUGUGGACGUUCAUGGGCCAGACUGGAGCUUGAAAAUGCCCAAGAUGAAAAUGCCCAAGUUCAGCAUACCAGGGUUCAAAGGGGAGGGGCCACAAGUGGAUGCGAGUCUGCCCAAGGGAGAGAUUGACAUUUCAGGCCCCAAGGUGUCCAUCGAGUCACCGGAUAUAAAUAUCGAAGGCCCGGAAGGAAAAUGGAAAGAUCCCAAGUUUAAGAUGCCCGAAAUGCAUGUCAAGGCCCCAAAGAUUUCCAUGCCAGAUGUAGAUUUGCAUGUGAAAAGCCCUAAAGUGACGGGAGAAUACGAUGUGACUGUUCCAAAGCUGGAAGGGGAUCUGAAAGGUCCCCAGGUGGACAUCAGCGCCCCAGACGUGGAGGUCCACGGGCCGGACUGGAACCUGAAGAUGCCCAAGGUGAAAAUGCCCAAGUUCCACAUGCCGGGCUUCAAAGGCGAGGGCCUGGAUGUAGAUGUGAAUCUGCCCAGGGGAGACAUUGACGUUUCUGGUCCCAAGGUGGACAUCGAUGCUCCGGAUGUGACCAUCGAAGGUCCAGAAGGGAAACUUAAAGGACCCACAUUUAAGAUGCCCGAGAUGCACUUCAAGGCUCCCAAGAUCUCAAUGCCCGAUGUUGACCUGAAUCUCAAGGGGCCUAAAGUGAAGGCGGAUGUGGAUGUUUCAGUGCCGAAAAUAGAAGGUGAGGUGAAAGUUCCCGACGUGGACAUCAAAGGCCCCAAGGUGGACAUCAGCGCCCCAGACGUGGACGUCCACGGGCCGGACUGGAACCUGAAGAUGCCCAAGAUGAAAAUGCCCAAGUUCCACAUGCCGGGCUUCAAAGGCGAGGGCCCGGAUGUGGAUGUGAAUCUGCCCAAGGGAGACAUUGACGUUUCUGGUCCCAAGGUGGACAUCGAUGUUCCGGAUGUGGCUAUAGAAGGUCCAGAAGGGAGUCUUAAAGGACCCAAAUUUAAGAUGCCCGAGAUGCAUUUCAAGGCCCCCAAGAUCUCAAUGCCCGAUGUUGACCUAAAUCUCAAAGGGCCUAAAGUGAAGGCGGAUGUGGAUGUUUCAGUGCCCAAAAUAGAAGGUGAGGUGAAAGUUCCCGACGUGGACAUCAAAGGCCCCAAACUGGACAUCAGCGCCCCAGACGUGGAUGUCCACGGGCCGGACUGGAACCUGAAGAUGCCCAAGAUGAAAAUGCCCAAGUUCCACAUGCCGGGCUUCAAAGGCGAGGGCCCGGAUGUGGAUGUGAAUCUGCCCAAGGGAGACAUUGACGUUUCUGGUCCCAAGGUGGACAUUGGUGCUCCGGAUGUGACUAUAGAAGGUCCAGAAGGGAGUCUUAAAGGACCCAAAUUUAAGAUGCCUGAGAUGCAUUUCAAGGCUCCCAAGAUCUCAAUGCCCGAUGUUGACCUGAAUCUCAAAGGGCCUAAAGUGAAGGCGGAUGUGGAUGUUUCAGUGCCCAAACUAGAAGGUGAGGUGAAAGUUCCCGACGUGGACAUCAAAGGCCCCAAACUGGACAUCAGCGCCCCAGACGUGGACGUCCACGGGCCAGAUUGGAACCUGAAGAUGCCCAAGAUGAAAAUGCCCAAGUUCCACAUGCCGGGCUUCAAAGGCGAGGGCCCGGAUGUGGAUGUGAAUCUUCCCAAGGGGGACAUUGACAUUUCUGGUCCCAAGGUGGGCAUUGGUGCUCCGGAUGUGACAAUAGAAGGUCCAGAAGGGAACCUUAAAGGACCUAAAUUUAAGAUGCCCGAGAUGCACUUCAAGGCUCCCAAGAUCUCAAUGCCCGAUGUUGACCUGAAUCUCAAGGGGCCUAAAGUGAAGGCGGAUGUGGAUGUUUCAGUGCCCAAAAUAGAAGGUGAGGUGAAAGUUCCCGAUGUGGACAUCAAAGGCCCCAAGGUGGACAUCAGCGCCCCAGACGUGGACGUUCACGGGCCGGAUUGGAACCUGAAGAUGCCCAAGAUGAAAAUGCCCAAGUUCCACAUGCCGGGCUUCAAAGGCGAGGGCCCGGAUGUGGAUGUGAACCUGCCCAAGGGAGACAUUGACAUUUCUGGUCCCAAGGUGGGCAUUGAUGCUCCGGAUGUGACUAUAGAAGGUCCAGAAGGGAACCUUAAAGGACCCAAAUUUAAGAUGCCCGAGAUGCACUUCAAGGCUCCCAAGAUCUCAAUGCCCGAUGUUGACCUGAAUCUCAAGGGGCCUAAAGUGAAGGCGGAUGUGGAUGUUUCAGUGCCCAAAAUAGAAGGUGAGGUAAAAGUUCCCGAUGUGGACAUCAAAGGCCCCAAACUGGACAUCAGCGCCCCAGAUGUGGACGUCCAUGGGCCGGACUGGAACCUGAAGAUGCCCAAGAUGAAAAUGCCCAAGUUCCACAUGCCGGGCUUCAAAGGCGAGGGCCCGGAUGUGGAUGUGAAUCUGCCCAAGGGAGACAUUGACAUUUCUGGUCCCAAGGUGGACAUCGAUGCUCCGGAUGUGACUAUCGAAGGUCCAGAAGGAAAACUUAAAGGACCCAAAUUUAAGAUGCCCGAGAUGCACUUCAAGGCUCCCAAGAUCUCAAUGCCCGAUGUUGACCUGAAUCUCAAGGGGCCCAAAGUGAAAGGGGAUGUGGAUGUUUCGGUGCCCAAAAUAGAAGGUGAGGUGAAAGUUCCCGACGUGGACAUCAAAGGCCCCAAACUGGACAUCAGCGCCCCAGACGUGGACGUCCACGGGACGGACUGGAACCUGAAGAUGCCCAAGAUGAAAAUGCCCAAGUUCCACAUGCCAGGUUUCAAAGGAGAGGGCCCGGAUGUGGAUGUGAAUCUGCCCAAGGGAAAUAUUGACAUUUCUGGUCCCAAGGUGGACAUUGGUGCUCCGGAUGUGACUAUCGAAGGUCCAGAUGCUAAAUUCAAAGGACCCAAAUUCAAGAUGCCCGAAAUGAACAUAAAAGCUCAGAAGAUCUCUAUGCCAGAUGUUGGCUUAAAUCUGAAGGGCCCGAAGGUCAAGGGAGAGUAUGAUGUUGAAGUUCCAAAAGUAGAAGGUGAGAUGAAAAUUCCCGAUGUGGACAUCAAAGGCCCCAAGCUAGACAUCAGCGCCCCAGACGUGGACGUCCACGGGCCGGACUGGAACCUGAAGAUGCCCAAGAUGAAAAUGCCCAAGUUCCACAUGCCGGGCUUCAAAGGAGAAGGACCGGAUGUGGAUGUGAAUCUUCCCAAGGGAGACAUUGACAUUUCCGGUCCCAAAGUGGACGUUGCUGUGCCGGAUCUUAAUGUGGAAUGCCCAGAUGCCAAACUCAAAAGUCCCAAGUUUAAAAUGCCCAGCGUGCAUAUGCCUAGUAUGCAUUUACAGACCCACAAGAUCACGAUGCCUGAUGUCGGGCUUAAUUUGAAAUCACCAAAACUGAAGGGGGAUGUAGACGUUUCUCUUCCCAAAGUAGAAGGCGAAGUGACAGGACCUCAGGUUGAUCUGAAAGCUCCCAAAGUGGAUGUAGACGUUGGCGACAUCGAGCUUGAGUGUCCAGAGGGAAAACUGAAGGGCCCCAAGUUUAAGAUGCCGGACAUGCAUUUCAAAGCCCCCAAGAUCUCCAUGCCUGACGUAGAUUGGCAUUUGAAAGGCCCGAAAGUGAAGGGGGACGUGGAUGUUUCUGUGCCCAAAGUAGAAGGGGAGGUGAAGGUUCCCGAUGUGGACAUCAAGGGCCCCAAGGUGGACAUCGGUGCCCCAGACGUGGACGUCCACGGGCCAGACUGGAACCUGAAGAUGCCCAAGAUGAAAAUGCCCAAGUUCCACAUGCCGGGCUUCAAGGGGGAGGGACCGGACAUGGAUGUGAAUCUGCCCAAAGCGGAUAUUGACAUUUCCGCACCCAAGUUAGAUAUUGACACUCCCGAUUUGGACAUUGAGGGACCUGAAGGAAAAUUGAAAGGUUCUAAAUUUAAGAUGCCAAAACUGAAUAUUAAAGCUCCCAAGAUAUCCAUGCCCGACGUCGACCUGAAUUUAAAAGCCCCCAGACUGAAAGGGGAGAUGGACUUGUCAGGUCCUGAGAUGGAAGGGGAUUUGAAAGGACCCCAGGUUAAUAUCGAAGGCCCCCAGGUGGACGUAGAUGUGCCCGAUGUUGAUUUGGAAUGCCCAGAGGCUAAAUUGAAGGGCCCCAAAUUUAAGAUGCCGGAUAUGCAUUUCAAAACCCCGAAGAUCUCCAUGCCCGACAUGGACUGGCAUUUGAAAGGGCCGAAAGUAAAGGGGGACGUGGAUGUUUCUGGGCCAAAGCUGGAAGGGGAUUUGCAAGGGCCAAAAGUUGAAAUCAAGGGUCCCAAAGUGGACGUGGAGGGCCCCGAUGUUGAUUUUGAAUGCCCAGAUGCUAAACUGAAGGGCCCCAAAUUUAAGAUGCCAGACAUGCAUUUCAAAGCCCCAAAGAUCUCCAUGCCCGACGUGGACUGGCAUUUGAAAGGCCCGAAAGUGAAGGGGGACGUGGAUGUUUCUGUGCCCAAAGUAGAAGGGGAGGUGAAAGUUCCCGACGUGGACAUCAAAGGCCCCAAGCUGGACAUCGACGCCCCAGAUGUGGACGUUCAGGGUCCAGACUGGAACCUGAAGAUGCCCAAGAUGAAAAUGCCCAAGUUCAGCGUGCCGGGGUUCAGAGGGGAAGGACCGGAUGUGGAUGUGAAUCUGCCCAAGGCGGAGAUUGACAUUUCAGGUCCCAAGGUGGACAUUGAAGCUCCAGACGUGAGCAUCGAAGGUCCAGAGGGAAAGCUGAAAGGUCCCAAGUUUAAGAUGCCCGAGAUGCACAUCAAGGCCCCCAAAAUCUCCAUGCCGGAUGUUGACUUCCACUUAAAGGGGCCUAAAGUCAAAGGUGAGGCGGACAUUUCAGUACCCAAACUGGAAGCAGAUGUGAAAGGGCCCGAAUUUGAUGUUAAGGGCCCCAAAUUGGAUGUGGAUGCCCCAGAUAUAAACGUUGAAGGUCCAGAAGGAAAAUGGAAAGGGCCCAAGUUUAAGAUGCCCGACAUGCAUUUCAAAGCGCCCAAAAUUUCCAUGCCUGACAUAGACUUGCAUUUAAAAGGCCCCAAAAUGAAGGGAGACGUUGAAGUAGCCGUUCCCCAGAUAGAGGGAGAGUUGAAAGGACCACAGGUAGACCUGGCGGGACCUGACGUAGACAUCGAAGGCCCUGAAGGGAAAUUGAAAGGCCCUAAAUUCAAGAUGCCAGAGAUGCACUUCAAAGCUCCCAAGAUCUCCAUGCCAGAUGUGGACUUACAUUUGAAAGGCCCCAAAGUGAAGGGGGACAUGGAUGUUUCAGUGCCCAAAAUAGAAGGGGAGGUGAAAGUUCCCGACGUGGACCUCAAGGGCCCCAAGGUGGACAUCAGCGCCCCAGAUGUGGACGUCCACGGGCCGGACUGGAACCUGAAGAUGCCCAAGAUGAAAAUGCCCAAGUUCCACAUGCCAGGCUUCAAAGGGGAGGGACCGGAUGUGGAUGUGAAUCUGCCCAAGGCGGAGAUUGACGUUUCCGGACCCAAGGUGGACAUCGAUGCUCCGGAGGUGAACAUUGAAGGUCCUGAAGGGAAAUGGAAAAGUCCCAAGUUUAAGAUGCCGGAGAUGCACAUCAAAGCUCCCAAGAUUUCCAUGCCAGAUGUGGAUUUACACUUGAAAGGUUCUAAAGUGAAGGGCGAUGUGGAUGUUUCUCUUCCAAAAGUGGAAGGGGAUUUGAAAGGCCCCAAUAUUGACAUCAAAGGCCCCCAGAUGGACAUCAGUGCACCUGAUGUAGAUGUUCAUGGCCCAGACUGGAACCUGAAGAUGCCCAAGAUGAAAAUGCCCAAGUUCCACAUGCCGGGCUUCAAAGGGGAAGGACCGGAUGUGGAUGUGAAUCUACCCCAGGCAGAUAUUGACAUCUCAGGGCCCAAGGUAGACAUCGAUGCUCCAGAUGUGAACAUCGAAGGUCCAGAAGGGAAAUGGAAAGGCCCCAAGUUCAAAAUGCCCGAGAUGCACAUCAAAGCCCCGAAGAUUUCUAUGCCCGAUGUAGAUUUACAUUUGAAGGGUCCUAAAGUGAAGGGGGAUGUGGAUGUUUCUCUUCCAAAGCUGGAAGGUGACUUGAAGGGUCCAGAGUUAGAUAUUAAGGGUCCCAAACUGGAUAUUGAUGCCCCAGAUGUUGACAUUCAUGGACCAGAAGGGAAGUUAAAGAUGCCUAAGUUUAAAAUGCCCAAAUUCAGCAUGCCAGGGUUUAAAGGAGAAGGGCCGGAUGUAGAUGUCAGUCUUCCCGAAGGAAACAUAGAUGUCUCUGGACCCAAGGUGGACCUCGAGGCUCCAGACAUUAGUAUUGAAGGUCCAGAAGGAAAGCUUAAAGGCCCCAAGUUUAAGAUGCCCGACAUGCACUUUAAGACUCCAAAGAUUUCCAUGCCUGACAUAGACCUCAAUCUGAAGGGACCUAACCUGAAGGGAGAUGUGGACGUGUCUCUUCCCAAAUUGGAAGGUGAUUUGCAGGGUCCAGAAUUGGAUAUCAAAGGUCCCAAACUCGAUAUCGAAGCCCCAGAUGUUGACAUUCAUGGGCCAGAGGGAAAAUUGAAGAUGCCAAAAUUCAAAAUGCCCAAAUUCAGCAUGCCAGGAUUUAAAGGAGAAGGGCCGGAUUUGGAUGUGAAUCUUCCAAAAGGAGACAUCGAUAUUUCCGGUCCCCAUGUGAACCUCGAUGCUCCGGAUAUUAACAUUGAAGGUCCGGAAGGGAAGCUAAAAGGUCCCAAGUUUAAGGUGCCGGAAAUGCACAUAAAGACUCCGAAGAUUUCCAUGCCUGAUGUGGACCUCGAUCUGAAGGGACCCAAACUGAAGGGAGAUGUGGAGAUUUCUGGACCGAAGUUGGAAGGUGAUCUGAAAGGUCCCGAGGUGGAUAUCAAAGGCCCAAAACUGGACGUCAGUGCUCCAGACGUGGACGUCCAUGGACCAGACUGGAGUCUAAAAAUGCCCAAGAUGAAAAUGCCCAAAUUCAGCAUGCCAGGAUUCAGAGCGGAAGGUCCAGAUGUUAACGUCAACCUGCCCAAAGCAGACAUCGACGUUUCGGGUCCUAGCGUAGACAUCGAUGCUCCAGACGUGAAUAUCGAAGGUCCUGACGGAAAGUGGAAAAGUCCGAAGUUUAAGAUGCCCGAGAUGCAUUUUAAGACUCCCAAGAUCUCUAUGCCAGAUAUUGACCUUAAUCUCAAGGGACCCAAAUUGAAAGGGGAUGUCGAUGCUUCCAUUCCCACAUUGGAAGGAGAUCUUAAAGGUCCCGAGAUUGAUAUCAGAGGCCCUAAAGUCGAUAUUGAAGCCCCAGAUGUGGACGUUCACGGCCCGGACUGGAACCUGAAGAUGCCCAAGAUGAAAAUGCCCAAGUUCAGCAUGCCGGGGUUCAAAGGGGAGGGGCCGGACGUGGACGUGAAUCUGCCCAAAGCCGAUAUUGACAUCUCAGGACCCAGAGUGGACAUCGAAGCUCCAGACAUAAGCAUCGAAGGUCCGGAGGGAAAAUUGAAAGGCCCCAAAUUUAAAAUGCCCGAGAUGAACAUCAAAGCCCCCAAAAUCUCUAUGCCGGACUUUGACCUAAAUCUCAAAGGUCCCAAAGUGAAGGGUGAUUUGGACGUUUCUGUGCCCAAGGUGGAAGGAGAGAUUAAAGUUCCCGACGUGGACAUCAAGGGCCCCAAGCUGGACGUGAGCGCCCCAGACGUGGACGUCCAUGGGCCGGACUGGAACCUGAAGAUGCCCAAGAUGAAAAUGCCCAAGUUCCACAUGCCGGGGUUCAAAGGCGAGGGACCGGACGUGGAUGUGAAUCUGCCCAAGGGAGACAUUGACGUUUCCGGACCCAAGGUAGAUAUCAGUGCUCCCGAUGUGAAUAUCGAAGGUCCUGAAGGGAAAUUGAAAGGCCCUAAAUUUAAAAUGCCAGAAAUGAACAUCAAAGCUCCCAAGAUUUCCAUGCCUGACUUUGACCUGAAUCUGAAAGGCCCAAAAGUGAAGGGGGAUGUGGAUGUUUCUUUACCGACACUGGAAGGUGAGGUGAACGUUCCUGAUGUGGACAUCAAAGGCCCCAAGCUGGACAUCAGUGCUCCAGAUGUGGACAUCCAUGGGCCGGACUGGAACCUGAAGAUGCCCAAGAUGAAAAUGCCCAAGUUCAGCGUGCCGGGCUUCAAAGGGGAAGGACCCGAUGUGGAUGUGAAUCUGCCCAAGGGAGACAUUGACAUUUCAGGGCCUAAGUUGGACAUCGAGGCCCCUGACCUUAGCAUCGAAGGUCCCGAAGGGAAGUUGAAAGGUCCCAAGUUCAAGAUGCCCGAGAUGAAUAUCAAGGGUCCGAAGAUCUCGAUGCCAGACUUUGACCUUCAUCUCAAGGGUCCCAAAGUUAAGGGAGAUAUCGAUGUGUCUGUUCCCCAGCUAGAAGGAGAUUUGAAAGGGCCAUCCAUUGACGUCAAAGGCCCUACCCUAGAUAUCGAUGCCCCGGAUAUUGACAUCCAUGGUCCAGAGGGCAAAUUAAAAGGUCCCAAACUCAAGAUGCCUGACAUGCAUGUAAAUAUGCCCAAGAUCUCCAUGCCAGAGAUUGACCUGAACUUGAAAGGCUCAAAGCUGAAGGGUGAUGUGGAUGUCUCCGUCCCCAAAGUGGAAGGCGAUUUUAAAGGCCCUAAAUUAGACGUGAAAGGUCCAGAAGUUGACAUAACAUCCCCCAAACUCAGCGUUGAGGGAAAACCGAAGAAGUCCCGUUUCAAGCUCCCCAAAUUUCAUUUUUCUGGGGCCAAAGUGCAGACGCCCGAGGUCGAUGCCAAACUCAAGAAGCCAGAUGUUGACCUAGGUGAUGCCAAAGUUGAUAUUAACGCCCCUGAUGUGGAAGUGCAUGGGAAAGUGAAGGGAUCAAAAUUCAAGAUGCCUUUUCUGAGCAUUUCUUCACCCAAAGUUUCUAUGCCAGAUGUAGAGUUAAAUUUGAAAAGUCCCAAAAUCAAAGGAGACGUGGAAAUUGCUGCCCCAAGCCUGGAAGGUGAUUUGAAAGGUCCAAAGGUGGCUAUUAAGGCACCAGAUUUGCACCUCGAAGCCCCAGACGUGGAUGUCCACGGGCCGGACUGGAACCUGAAAAUGCCCAAGAUGAAAAUGCCCAAGUUUAGUGUGCCGGGGUUCAAAGGGGAGGGACCGGACGUGGAUGUGAAUCUGCCCAAGGGAGACAUUGACAUUUCAGGCCCCAGAGUGGACAUCGAAGCUCCGGACGUCAGCAUCGAAGGUCCCGAAGGGAAGUUGAAAGGUCCCAAGUUUAAGAUGCCCGAGAUGAAUAUCAAGGCCCCCAAAAUCUCCAUGCCUGACUUCGACUUGAAUCUGAAAGGUCCCAAAGUCAAGGGGGAUGUGGACGUUUCCCUUCCCAAGGUGGAAGGAGACCUGAAGGGCCCCGAAAUUGACAUCCAAGGGCCCAAGCUGGAUAUCGAGGCCCCGGACGUAGAAAUCGAAGGUCCAGAUGGGAAACUGAGAGGCCCGAAGUUUAAGAUGCCGGAUAUGCACUUCCAAGCUCCGAAAAUCUCCAUGCCGAACAUUGACCUGAACCUGAAGGGUCCGAAGCUGAAGGGAGAUGUGGAUCUCUCUGGGCCCAAGUUGGAAGGAGAUCUUAAAGGUCCAGAGAUUGAUAUCAUAGGCCCUAAAGUCGAUAUUGAUGCCCCGGACGUGGACGUUCACGGCCCGGACUGGAACCUGAAGAUGCCCAAGAUGAAAAUGCCCAAGUUCAGCAUGCCGGGGUUCAAAGGGGAGGGGCCGGACGUGGACGUGAAUCUGCCCAAAGCCGAUAUUGACAUCUCAGGACCCAGAGUGGACAUCGAAGCUCCAGACAUAAACAUCGAAGGUCCGGAGGGAAAAUUGAAAGGCCCCAAAUUUAAAAUGCCCGAGAUGAACAUCAAAGCCCCCAAAAUCUCUAUGCCGGACUUUGACCUAAAUCUCAAAGGUCCCAAAGUGAAGGGUGAUUUGGACGUUUCUGUGCCCAAGGUGGAAGGAGAGAUUAAAGUUCCCGACGUGGACAUCAAGGGCCCCAAGCUGGACGUGAGCGCCCCAGACGUGGACGUCCAUGGGCCGGACUGGAACCUGAAGAUGCCCAAGAUGAAAAUGCCCAAGUUCCACAUGCCGGGGUUCAAAGGCGAGGGACCGGACAUGGAUGUGAAUCUGCCCAAGGGAGACAUUGACGUUUCCGGACCCAAGGUAGAUAUCAGUGCUCCCGAUGUGAAUAUCGAAGGUCCUGAAGGAAAAUUGAAAGGCCCCAAGGUGGACAUCAGCGCCCCAGAUGUGGAUGUUCACGGACCGGACUGGAACCUGAAGAUGCCCAAGAUGAAAAUGCCCAAGUUCCACAUGCCAGGGUUCAAAGGAGAGGGACCAGAUGUGGAUGUGAAUCUGCCCAAGGGAAACAUUGACAUUUCUGGACCCAAGGUAGAUAUCAGUGCUCCCGAUGUGAAUAUCGAAGGUCCUGAAGGGAAAUUGAAAGGCCCCAAGGUGGACAUCAGCGCCCCAGAUGUGGACGUUCAUGGGCCGGACUGGAACCUGAAGAUGCCCAAGAUGAAAAUGCCCAAGUUCCACAUGCCCGGCUUCAAAGGAGACGGACCGGAUGUGGAUGUGAAUCUGCCCAAGGCGGAGAUCGACGUUUCAGGACCCAAAGUGGAUAUCGAAGCUCCAGACCUUAAUAUUGAAGGCCCGGAAGGGAAGUUGAGAGGUCCCAAAUUUAAAAUGCCUGAGAUGAAUAUCAAGGCCCCAAAGAUCUCGAUGCCAGACUUUGACCUGAACCUCAAGGGCCCCAAAAUUAAAGGAGAUGUCGACGUGUCUGUUCCCCAGCUAGAAGGGGAUAUUAAGGGCCCUAAGCUUGAUAUCGACGCACCCGAUCUUGAUAUUCAUGGACCUGAAGGGGCGUUAAAGGGCCCCAAAUUUAAAAUGCCUGACCUGCAUCUUAAGGCUCCCAAAAUCUCCAUGCCUGAUGUUGACCUGAAUCUGAAGGGUCCGAAGCUGAAGGGAGAUGUGGAUAUCUCUGGGCCCAAGUUGGAAGGGGAUCUGAAAGGCCCUGAUUUCGAUCUCAAAGGCCCCAAGGUGGACAUCGGGGCCCCGGACGUGGACGUCCAUGGCCCGGACUGGAACCUGAAGAUGCCCAAGGUGAAGAUGCCCAAGUUCCACAUGCCGGGGUUCAAGGGAGAGGGGCCGGAUGUGGAUGUAAAUCUGCCCAAAGCGGACAUUGACGUUUCUGGCCCGAAAGUAGAUAUUGAGGCUCCAGAUGUGACUAUCGAAGGUCCCGAGGGAAAAGUGAAAGGCCCCAGAUUCAAGAUGCCCGAGAUGCACUUCCAUGCCCCCAAAAUCUCCAUGCCAGACUUUGACUUGAACUUGAAAGGCCCCAGGGGGAAGGGAGAUAUCGACGUUGCCCUCCCCAAAGUGGAAGGAGAUCUGAAGGGGCCCGAAAUGGAUAUCAAGGGCCCCAAACUGGAUAUCGAGGCUCCCAAUAUCGAUAUUGAAGGCCCAGAAGGGAAAGUAAAGGGCCCCAAGUUUAAGAUGCCCGAGAUGCACUUCCAUGCCCCGAAGAUCUCCAUGCCAGAUUUUGACUUGAACCUGAAAGGUCCCAAAGUCAAAGGAGAUGUCAACGCUUCCCUCCCCAAGGUGGAAGGAGAUUUGAAGGGCCCCGAAAUUGAUCUUAAAGGCCCCAAACUGGAGGUGGGCGUGCCCGACGUUGAUAUCGAGGGUCCGGAAGGGAAACUGAAGGGCCCUAAGUUCAAAAUGCCGGAUAUGCACUUCAAAACUCCCAAAAUCUCCAUGCCAGACUUCGACUUAAACCUGAAAGGCCCUAAGGUAAAGGGGGAUGUAGAUGUUUCUGCUCCCAAGUUGGAAGGAGAGCUGAAGGGGCCACAUGUGGAUAUCCAAGCUCCAGAGAUUGACAUUGAAGGCCCUGAAGGAAAACUGAAAGGUCCGAAAUUUAAGAUGCCUGAUAUGCACUUCAAAACCCCCAAGAUCUCCAUGAGUGAUAUCGACCUCAAUCUGAAAGGCCCUAAAGUUAAGGGAGACGUAGACAUUUCCAUUCCCAAGUUGGAAGGAGACUUGAAAGGCCCUCAGGUUGACCUCAAAGGACCCAAGGUUGACAUCGAUGCACCCGAGUUUGAUAUUGAUGGCCCCGAAGGGAAACUGAAGGGCCCUAAGUUUAAAAUGCCCGAUUUGCAUCUGAAAACCCCAAAGCUCUCCAUGCCCGACGUCGAUCUGCAUUUGAAAGGACCGAAGGUCAAAGGAGAUGUGGACGUUGCUCUUCCUAAAGUGGAAGGGGAUCUGAAAGGCCCAGAGGUGGACAUCACAGGCCCCAAACUGGACAUCGGUGCCCCGGAUGUGGACGUUCAUGGACCGGACUGGAACCUGAAGAUGCCAAAGGUGAAAAUGCCCAAGUUCCACAUGCCAGGGUUCAAAGGGGAGGGACCGGACGUGGAUGUGAAUCUGCCCAAGGGAGACAUUGACAUUUCAGGCCCCAGAGUGGACAUCGAAGCUCCGGACGUCAGCAUCGAAGGUCCCGAAGGGAAGUUGAAAGGUCCCAAGUUUAAGAUGCCCGAGAUGAAUAUCAAGGCCCCCAAAAUCUCCAUGCCUGACUUCGACUUGAAUCUGAAAGGUCCCAAAGUCAAGGGGGAUGUGGACGUUUCCCUUCCCAAGGUGGAAGGAGACCUGAAGGGCCCCGAAAUUGACAUCCAAGGGCCCAAGCUGGAUAUCGAAGCCCCGGACGUAGAAAUCGAAGGUCCAGAUGGGAAACUGAGAGGCCCAAAGUUUAAGAUGCCGGAUAUGCACUUCCAAGCUCCGAAAAUCUCCAUGCCGAACAUUGACCUGAACCUGAAGGGUCCGAAGCUGAAGGGAGAUGUGGAUCUCUCUGGGCCCAAGUUGGAAGGAGAUCUUAAAGGUCCAGAGAUUGAUAUCAAAGGCCCUAAAGUCAAUACUGAUGCCCCGGACGUGGACGUUCACGGCCCGGACUGGAACCUGAAGAUGCCCAAGGUGAAAAUGCCCAAGUUCAGCAUGCCGGGGUUCAAAGGGGAGGGGCCGGACGUGGACGUGAAUCUGCCCAAAGCUGGUAUUGACAUCUCAGGACCCAGAGUGGACAUCGAAGCUCCAGACAUAAACAUCGAAGGUCCAGAAGGGAAACUGAAGGGCCCUAAAUUCAAGAUGCCCGAAAUGCAUAUCAAGACACCAAAGGUUUCCUUGCCGGACGUUGACCUGAAUUUGAAAGGGCCGGACGUGAAGGGAGAUUUCGAUGUGUCCGUUCCGAAGGUCGAAGGUCACCUUACGGGUCCAGGUCUAGACAUUGAAGGACCCGGUGUCAACCUGAGCGGUCCGAAGUUGAAAAUGCCAUCACUGGACAUAUCCGGGCCCAAAAUGACUGCCCCUGAUAUUGACUUACAUCUGAAGUCCCCUAAAUUUGGUGUUUCCGGACCCAAGUUGGAAGGUGGGGAAUUGGACCUCAAGGUGCCAAAAGCUCACGUCGAAACACCAAGUUUGGACCUGCACGUUGACAGUCCAGAGAUAAACAUCGAAGGGCCAGAAGGCGGUGUGAAAAUCCCCAAAUUUAAGAAACCCAUAUUCGGAUUUGGAGUAAAAAGCCCCAAGGCCGACAUCAAGACCCCAUCGUUAGAUGUUUCGGUUCCAGAAGGAGAAUUGAACGUUGAGGCUCCGGAUAUUAAUAUUGGAGGUAAAGGAAAGAAGAGUAAGUUUAAAAUGCCUAAGCUUCACAUGAGCGGCCCUAAAAUCAAAGGGAAAAAACAGGGAUUUGAUGUGAACGUCCCAGGCGGCGAAGUCGACGCCCACCUGAAGAUGCCAGAUUUUGACGUCAACGCGGCCGGCCCCGACGCGGCUCUGAAAGUCGAUGUGAAAUCUCCCAAAACGAAGAAGCCGAUGUUUGGAAAAAUGUACUUCCCAGAUGUAGAAUUUGAUAUUAAAUCUCCGAAGUUCAAAGCCGAGGCCUCGCUUCCCAGCCCCAAGUUGGAGGGCGAAAUCCACCCCCCUGAUCUGGAGAUCUCUUCCCGAGGGAUUAAGGGUGGCGUCAAGUGUCCGGGCCUAGACGUCGGGUCGGUCGGGGUCAGCGGGGGCCUUCCCGGCGUUCACGUGGAAGGGCCGGACGCUAAACUGAAGGCGCCCAAGUUCAAGAUGCCCGGAGGGACCGUCGAUAUCGCUGGGCCAAAACUUGAAGGGGAUUUGAGAGUACCCGGCGUGGAAGCAAACUUAAACGCCCCCGAUGUCAACAUCGAAGCUCCCGAUGCCAAAUUCAGAGCACCUUCGUUUGGCAUUUCGGCUCCCAAAGUCUCCCUCCCAGACCUGGAUGUUCAGGUGAAAGGACCAAAGAUAAAGGGUGAGGUUCCCAAAGUGGAACUGGAAGGGCCGGACGUUGAUUUGAAAGGUCCAGAGGGGAAAAUUCAAUUUCCCAAGUUUUCUAUGCCCAAGAUCGGCGUCCCGGGGCUCAGAGCGGAGGCCGGGGGAGCGGAUUUCCACGCCCAGCUCCCCUCCGUCGAGGGAGGCAUCAGCAUGCCGGAUGUCAAAGUCCAAGGGCCCGAGGUGACCCUGAAAGGCCCCAAAGGGAGCCUGCCUUCAGGACACCUCUCCAUGCCCCAGGUCUCCGGACCUGAGCUCGAUCUGAAUUUGAAAGGACCAACCCUGAAAGGAAAUCUGGGUGUUUCAGCGGAGGGAGGGGUGAAAGUGCCCGGUGCCAAGGUCGACCUGGGGACCCCGAAGCUCAGCGUCCAGGGGCCCGGGGUCAGUUUGACAGGACCAAACCUGAAGGGAGGCCUGGAUGUUUCGGGUGACAUCAAGGGUCCGAAGAUGGGGGUGGAGGCCCCUCACCUCGGCUUGGAGGCUCCGGGAGGCGCCAUAACUCUCCCCCAGAUGAAGCUGCCUCAGUUUGGCAUAUCUGCCCAGGGGCCGGACUUGGACGUGAACGUGCCGGGGCCGCCGCAGGUGACCGGAGAGCUGAAGGGGCCCGGGAUGGAUGUUAACCUCGGGGGUGGAAUUGCUCACGUGGAUCUGAAAGGGCCUCACGUCUCUGCCCCACAAAUCUCCUCCCCGGAUGUGGACUUCAACCUGAAAGGACCAAAGCUAAAGGGAGGCCUCGGGGCCACCGUCGAUCUGAAAGGUUCCAAGGUGGGCGGGGAGCUUCCCAGCGUUAGCCUGCAAGGCCCGGGAGGAAGCCUGCAAAUGCCCAGUUGUCAGGUCCCGAGGUGUGAUGCCCAACUGCCCGAUGUGAGUGUGAAACUCCCAACGGGGAAGCUGUCUGGGCCCGAGAUCAAAGGAGACCUGCCAGGCUUGGGCCUAGAUCUCCGUGGGGCGGCUCCUGGGUUGAGCGUGAAGGGGCCUGAGUUCUCGGGGUCAGAUGUAGGGGUCAGCUGGGAGGGCCCGAAAGUCAAAGGGGGACUGGAUAUUUCUGGAAAUGUCCGCGCCCCGGAGGUCAGCGUGGGGGGAGGUCACAUCAGCAUCAAGGGGCCGGGCGGAGAAUGGAAAGGGCCCCAGGGCUCGUGUUCUGCUUUCGACGUGGACUUGCCCAAGAUCGGUGGGGGGAUCCAGGUUUCGGGACCAAAGGGGGAAGGAGGGGUGAAAGGAGCCCAGCUUGGGCUUCAGGGUCCCGGAGUGUGUGUGUCUGGCCCUCAAGGCCACGUGGAGGGCGGAUCUGGAAGAGUAACAUUCCCCAAGAUGAAGAUCCCCAAGUUUACCUUCUCCGGUCGGGAGCUGGUGGGCAGGGAAGUCGGGGUGGACGUGAACUUCCCUAAAGCGGAAGCCAGCUUCCAGGCUGGAGCCGGGGAAGGGGAGCUGGAAGAGGCAGAAGGGAAGCUUAAAAAGUCGAAAAUCAAAAUGCCCAAGUUCAAUUUUUCCAAACCCAAAGGGAAGGGGAGCGGGUCGGGAUCCCCCGAAGUGUCCAUUUCUGGGUCGAAAGGAGAUCUGAAGAGCUCAAAGAUCAGCUUAGGGUCCCUGGAAGGGGAGGCUGAGGGAGAAGCGUCUUCACCCAAGGCCAAGUUCUCGUUGUUUAAAAGUAAGAAGCCACGGCAUCGCUCGUCCUCCUUUAGCGACGAGAGAGAGUUCUCGGCGCCUUCCACUCCGACGGGAACCUUGGAGUUCGAGGGUGGUGAAGUGUCCCUGGAGGGUGGGAAGGGCAAAGGGAAACCCGGCAAGCUGAAAUUUGGCACCUUCGGCGGCUUGGGGGCAAAGAAUAAAGGUCACUAUGAGGUAACCGGUAGCGAUGACGAGGCGGGAAAACUUCAAGGGAGUGGGGUGUCUCUGGCCUCCAAGAAGUCUCGGCCUUCUUCCACCUCCAGCAAUGACAGUGGAACGAAGGUUGGGAGCCAGUCGCCAGAGCAGACAGCAACCAGAAAGUAAGACUCGAGGGUCAGCGUGUGUGUGUGUACAUGUACAUAUAUAUAUAUAUAGACAUCAGCCUUCUGUGUGUUUGUAUAUAAACUUCAGAGGUGGUCAGCCCAUCAACCUCAGCAAUAAAAUGAAGGCUUGGUAGGGAGAUAUCAGCCUGCUGGGCUCCCUAAACCUAAAGUCGAGGGGUGAAAGCUCAGAGUCCUCGGGAGCCUUGACAUGAGUAGGAGGUGAAUUUUUUUCCCAGUUCGUCCAGUGUAUCUGCAGAGUCAACAGUAUUUGCCUUUAAGACUUCAGUGUGUGCCUUCAGCGCUCAGAGCAUCUGUUUACUAAGCCAGCUUCUGUGUUUAUAAUUUCAUUGUUACCGAACAUUUACAGUGUCGGGUUUGUGGAAAUCCUUUUUUUUUUUUUUUUGGUUUUGUUUUGUUUCCAUUUUCAUUACUUUUUUGGC